CAGCCAAUCAGAUCAGCUGAUCACCAAAACGUGCGUUUUGGCCUUUCCCUCACUUUGGAAGAGGUUCAUUUUGUUCAUGUCGAGAAACCUUUGUUCCAAAAUCUUUGUGGUUUUGCAGUGGUCUUAUUGGUCAAUUCAGAUUUCUGAUAGAUUCAAUCUCAACUGGCUCAAAAGCAGAGAAUUAGCAACUGCCACUGCUGAUUUAUGUUGGAAUAGAAAACAUGACUAUCCUUCAAGAUGACAGACAGCAAAUGGUAUGAGUGCGUGUGCGUGUGUUUGUGUGACGAGGAGAAAUGGGGUGUGCUCAGCCCUGUGGAAAUGAGAGGGAAAACUAGCAUUCUUCAUCACGCACCCUCCCAUACCUUUCCUCAUUGGUUCGGCCCUUUAAAAGCUGCUGCCAGUGCUAUCUGUCAGCCUCAUUAUCACCAUUUCUUGGCUUGAGCAAAUUGCUAUCCACCUUUCGAAGCUCAGUGGAAAUAAACAAAGAGGCUUCCGAGGUCCUCGGAGAAAACAAGCGUCAACAAAUCAAGGCCCUGGACAACUUUCAAGUGUGAGAUGCUUCUUUGCACGAAUGUGCUGCUGCUGCUUUUCCUGCAGCCACUUCUUUCAAGCCAAAGGCCGCUAACUGCCCCAUCCAGAGGAUGUCCCGGCUGUAAAGGAAAGCCAUCCCAACUGCAUACGCCGGGAGAUUUAAAUGUCACCGCUCUUGCCAUUGGAGAGCCGUGUGGGGUCUACACACAGAGCUGUGCCAGCGGUCUGCGUUGUGCACCGGCUCCAAAUGACCCGCGGCCCCUCCGCACCUUACUAGAGGGCAGGGGCGUCUGCACCAACGUCAGCGUCAUCAGUUGGACAGAAAAGAGCCAGACAGCAGAUCCCGCACCCACCGAGAAUCCGGAGGAGGCCCCAUGUCGAAAGCUGCUAACCACACUAAUCAGAGGUCUUGAUAGUCAUUUAUUCAAGUCCCAUCAUGAUAUCUACAUGCCCAACUGUGAUAAACGUGGCUUCUUUAGAAAGAAGCAGUGCUGGUCCUCUCGAGGUAAACAACGCGGACAGUGCUGGUGUGUGGAUGAGAGCGGGAUGCCGGUGACGUCGCACAAACACAAAGGCUCGAGUUGUUGAAGAAGAGUGUCGAAUGUCGGAUUAAAGAAACGAGACAAACGCAUGGCGGCCAUUAUAGGACGAAGUUAUAGGAUUUCCUCACAGACUUAUUAGGAAUUCCAUCUUUGUGUCUCGCUUCUCACGCCAUGAGCCUCAAGCUGUUCAGUGUAAUUUUGACCAUUGGUGCCCUCUAGCGAACACCUAGUGAACUGUUCACCUGACAUUAGGCACGCCUGCAUGAACAAGAGAUCCAAUACAAGAGCGGUAUCAAAAGUUAACUUAAAAAAAAUACUUUUAUGUUGCAACUGGUCAAAAUGACCCCAACAUCUCUAGUUCAGUCCCAUAUAAAGUUUCCACGGAAAUAUUUUCCAAAUUCCUUCAUUCAAAAAAGCAACAAACUGACGUUACUUCAUGUUUUUAUGUCACGUAGCUCUGCACAAUUGAAUUUUGUUUGUCCAACACGACAAAAUAUUAAAUUACUAGCGGAUCAAUGCAAUAUUGUUGUUUUAAACUUAAAAAUGUUAAGUCUGUGGAACACUUUGACACAAAGUUUAAAGUUGUGUGUGUUUACUAAACAUCCCGUGGAAAAUUUCUCGUAUGUUUUGGGGAAUUCAACCUAAAAUCCUCCCGUGUACAGUUUCGUCACAAACACAGUAGUCAUCACUUUGGAGAUGUAUUACUCUGCAUUUAUUUUUUCUUGCGUAUUACAGCUCUUGUCUUGGAUGUUGUACUGUAGGUGUACCUAAUACAGUAAUGUGUUUGGUAUGUGUUUGCAUAUUCU